CGGACACCCUGAAUGCAACAAGCUUGACUGGACCAAACGCUCACAGCUGCAGUGCUGUCCACUGUGUCCUGACGGCAGCAGCAACAAAACGAGGGUUUAUAUCCGCACCAAACCUUGGUCUGAGCUGAACAGGAGGAAGGAAGAUGUCGGCGGUGUAUAAAGAUGACCAGGAGGACUGGCUGACAGUGUGUCUCAAGUACCUGCUCUUUGUUUUCAACUUUCUCUUCUGGGUGGGUGGAGCUGCUGUUCUGGGCGUAGGAGUCUGGACACUGGUGGAGAAGAGUGACUACUUGAGUCUGUUGGCCUCCAGCACUUUUGCUGUCUCAGCAUAUAUCCUAAUCCUGGCCGGCAGCCUGGUGGUGGUUACAGGCUUCUUGGGCUGCUGUGCUGUCAUCCGGGAGCAGAAAAGCUGUCUGUCCAUGUAUUUCUUCUGCCUGUUGUUGAUCUUCUUGAUUGAACUGGUGGCUGGCGUACUGGCUUAUGUCUAUUACCAGAGGCUGAGUGAGGAGCUGAAGCAGCAUCUCAACCAGACGAUGACAGAUAACUACGCCCAGCCCGGGAGGGAGGCCAUCACAUUAGCUGUGGACAGACUACAACAGGAUUUCAAGUGCUGCGGCAGCAACAACUCCCAUGAUUGGAUGAUGAGUGUGUACAUUUCAUCGAAGCAGGCAGACGGCAGGUUGGUGCCUGACAGCUGCUGCAAGACCAUUACCCCUCACUGUGGCAAGAGAGACCACCCCUCCAACAUCUACAAGGUGGAGGGUGGUUGCAUCACUAAGCUGGAGCAGUUUCUGGCCGACCACCUGCUGGUCAUCGGCGCCGUGGGGAUAGGAGUGGCUUGUCUGCAGCUGGCGGGGGCAGUCUUGACAGCCUGCUUUAUCUAUCUGCUCUAUAAAGAAGAAGAGGAGGACUUCGGUACAUUGUGAUUUAGCUCUAGAGCAGCUUUGUGGUUUAAUCAACUGGAGAGAAAAGGUCUGUGGGAUGGUGUUCACCAGCUGCUUGUACAGAAGGAUCAAGAUGGAGCCUUACUGAGCACACCAGGCCCCACAACACACCACCUUCAACAGGCAGAUGGAGCAAUGACCUGCUGACACCUUAACACUGAACUCUGAACCAUGAACUCUGACCUAAGCCAAGUGCACAGACACAUUCCAGGGCACCCACAUCGCAGUCAGAAACACAGUGCCACUGCUAGACAGGCAGAAGAAUUUGGGUCUUCUUGUACUUGUGUGACAAAGCACUUAAAUCCAGGCUUAAACAUUUCUGAAACCUGACUGCGAUCUCGGCCCACUGGAACAGCACGUCUGUUCGCAUUACUGCCUUGGCUUAGAUGCAUGCUUCUGUUUGAGCAGGACAAAAGAAAGGGACGUAGUCGUAUACAUUCUCUGUUCAACUAAUGAUGAUCCAAAGGUUACACAGUUUACACUGCUGUUGAAGAAAGGUAUUUGUCUGGAUGUAUAUUUUGGAAACACAAUGUGCCUCUUAAACAAUUCUGCUGGUGAAUAAUUACUAAUUUUGUGCCUGAAAUCUCAAAGGGAGCUGACAAUGCACUGUGAUAAACGAUAUCUUUAUAUUUGUAGUUAUGUCUAUAUUCCUGAAAGUAGCAGCACUGAAUGUUGAACUAUAGCGUCGUUAUUGACUUUAAAUGUACGGCUACAAACAUAAGGAAAUGCUCAGACAGUCUUAAGAAAAAGAAAAGUCAUUUUCUCCAAUGGUUGCCUGAUUCCUGAAUCUAUAACUCCACCUAGUGGUUGCCACUGGUCAUGUCCUGUACUGAGUGUGAUAUACAUUUUGCAAUACAUCAAAAUCAGCUAUUGAUCUU